AGUCAGAGUGUUGAAACAAUGGCCACUGGCAAAGUAGAUUUAUAUGAGGAUUUAUCUUGCUCUGUUUGUUUGGAUGUGUUUAAAGACCCUGUAAUACUGGAAUGUGGGCAUAAUUUUUGCAGAUCAUGUAUAGAUAAAGCAUGGAAAGAAAAAGAAAUUGCCUCCUGUCCAGAGUGCAGAACAGAAUGGCCAGUCAAGAAAUACACUAUCAACAGGGUGUUAGCUAAGAUGUUAGAGAAAGCUAGAGUCAUACAGGAAGACAUGAAGGGUGAAAAACCACAACAGGAUCAGAAAAGACACUGUGCACUUGAACCGCAACAAUGCUUGGAACACAAGGAGCCACUGAAAUUGUUUUGUCAGGAGGAUGAAAGUCUCAUAUGUGUCAUCUGUAUGGUAUCACAAAAACAUGCAGGCCAUACUUUCCUUCCGCUGCUAGAAGCAGUCAGCAUGUUUCAGAACAAGCUGAAAGAAAUCUCAUCCCCUCUAGAAUUAAAACUUAAGGGCACCAAAGUACUUGAAAAUCAGCAACAACAAAUGAUAUCAGAUUUCCAGAAUAAAUCUUUGAGAUUAGAACAACACAUAACAUCAGAAUUUGCCAAGCUGCACAGGCUGCUCCAGGAUAAGGAACAAAGUCUGAUAGAACAGCUAAAGAAGGAAACAGCAGGAAGUCUGGGAAAGAUGAAGGAUAACCUGAAGGAUAUAAACGUCAAACACUGUAUCAUUCAGGAUCAACUAACUGAUAUUCAGUUAACACUGCAGCUGGAAGAUCCUGUAAAGCUCCUACGGGAAUUCAGAGACCAUGAAAAAAGAUGCAUGCAAUCCCUGAAAGAAGAUGUUUUACCAGAUGUCAUACGAGGUAACUGUGAUAACAGUCGAGAAAUGUACAAUUACUUUUUACACCAUGAUGACUGGAAUGCAUGGAAGUGUAAUAUGAGAACAGUUCCAUCACCUCUGACCCUGGAUCCUGACACAGCACACGCUAAGCUCAUUCUAUCUAAGGACCUGACAAGUGUGAGAUAUGAUAGCGUUAGACAGGAUCUCUCUGACAGUCCUAAGCGAUUUGAUUAUUACAUCAGUGUACUUGGGAAAGAGGGCUUCAAUUCAGGGCGACAUUACUGGGAGGUGGAGGUGAAAAACAAGACUGAAUGGGAUGUGGGUGUCACCAGACAAUCCAGCAACAGGAAGGGAUGCUUUGAAAUGAAUGCAAAGCAUGGAUAUUGGAUUAUGAUGCUGAGGAAUGGGAAUAAGUACAUAGCUGAAGAUUCAUCAUCCGUGGAUUUAAACCUCACUGUGAAACCCCAGCGGAUUGGAGUGUACCUGGACUAUGAAGGGGGAGAGGUGUCAUUGUCUAAUGCUGACAACAUGUCCCAUAUCUACACCUUUACUGACAAAUUUACUGAGAGAAUCUAUCCUUACUUCUGCCCCUGUUUUAAUUAUGAGGGAAAUAAUGCAGUGCCCAUGAAACUAGUCCACCUGAAACUGUAAUCUGAAUAAGAAGUUGUUCUAGCACUCAGUUUUAUUGCAUUCUUUCUAGUGUAUUAUUUUCAGUCAUUUUAAAAAGUACACUAUCAGAAAGAGGUAGAAUGCUAGUGCAAAAUGAAUUAUUUUAUUAUACAGCAAACAUUUGUUUUAUAUUACCACAAGUAAUUGGCUAACUAAUUUAACAUUGCUAUCAAAAUGAUUGUAAUGUUACUUCCCAUGAAGUUUGCAAAGUAAAGCUCAAAAGUCUAGGAUUUAUUUAGGAUGCUUGUAUAUAGCAAGUCAAAGUAACGAUUUUAUCUUGCACUCUACCAAAUUUAAUUGUAAUAGGCAAUGCAGUUUGUGCUAGAGUUCUCAUGUUGCGAAGUGAAAAUUCAGUGCAAAAAAAGAUCAUGGAAAGAACAAAUACAUAUGUAAUGCUGAUGAUAUUCUAAUUCAGUAGGUGUGUCAUUAGGAUAUUUAUGUAUGCAUCUGUCUCUUCAUGUAUGUAAAUUUGCAUGUAUUUAUUUAUUUAUUUGCAUUUGUUAACUGGGACGACUAUAGCCUAUUUCCAGAUAAGGCCUGAAACAAAAGCUCCAUAUUUCUUAAGGCAGUUAGAAAAUAGUAUACAGCAGGUCCUUGACUUACAACAGGGUUCUAUGUUGAUGACAUCAUCAUAAGUUAAGUUUGUCAUAAGCUGAAAAUUCCCAUAGAAUGCGCUGUACUUUUCAGUACUACUUGAACCAUAUGAAUGCAUAAAUUCAUCAUCAUCAUUAUCAUCUUUCAGCUGUUCCCGUUAGGGGUCGCCACAGCAGAUCAUAUAAAUUAAUAUGCAUAAAUGCCGAUAACCAUUAUUAAGUCCAGGUGGUUAUAAGUCACAUAUGUUCAAGUUGACAGCAUGCUGUACAGCUGAAUUGAGAAAUAAGACUGACAUAUAUAUAUGUGAAGAUGCAACACAACAGUAACAUAUUGUAACAUAACAUAUCUUAAGACGAUGGAUGUCCAGGUAAGACGUAUUAAUAACAGUAACAGUUUGUAGGGUAAUACAGGUUUCAGAGUAAUUAUAGGUUAGCAGAUUCAACAAGUUUAGUUAUAAUGGCUUGUAAACAAGCAGCUUGUAUGAUGAAUUAAACUUCUGAAGUUAAAAUAGUUACAUGAAUAAAGCAGCAGAUGAAUAAGAGGGUACAUAAAUUUUACAUCACCUUAUGGAGAAGACAGCAUUCUAGGAAGCUGCUGAGAAAAAAUUGUCUGAUUAUUUAUAUUUGUUUUGUUUUGAUUAUUAUAAAGUUAACAUGGGUUGGGACCCCUUUUUCAAUAGAGGCUGUUAGAGAAAAUCUUCAAAGAAACAGCUUAUGCAAACAAUCAUAGUACAUGGUACAAUACAGAAAUAACGGAAUGCAUUUGCUUUUGUACAGCUAAAACAAACAUACCAUUCUUAAGUAUUAGCAGCAAAAUAUAUGAUCUUAUGACAGAUUAAUAAAUAAGUGGCUGGGUUUUAGAACUUCAGGGAAGUGUUGUGUAAGACCCCUUCAAAUGUAAAACUGCAGUGCAAUGAGUUGUAGUAACAAGUUAUUUAAAGGUGUCUAUACCUGGACCACCAGUGAAAUCACAGAUGGAAUGUCUGGAUAACAUCCACUCCAUUGCUGAGUAUUAAUAUUUAACUGAAAACUACAAUUCUGGGCUACUUUUAGUCAAAUGUUUUUAUUCAUUUGGCAGAAUAUCAAUAAAUUUAUCCAGAGUGGCUUGAUUAUGUGAAAUUUCUCAAAAACAGAUUUUGAAGACUAAGUCACUAUCACUGCCCUUCCCCAUAGCUGUUACAUAUAUUAAUGUUACAGACUAAGUCUCUAUCACUGCCCUUCCCCAUAGCUGUUACAUAUAUUAAUGUUACAGACUAAGUCUCUAUCACUGAACUUCCCCAUAGCUGUUACGUAUCUUAGUGGAUUGGGUAUAUUUCACUGUGCCUCAGGACUUUCACUUUCAUAAUUCCAAGACCAAAUAUAUUAACAACACUAGAAAGCUUUAGCCAUCCACAUGCAGGGAAGCCUUUCUCCCCACAAUCCCUUACUAUUUUUCUUAUCACAAAAUCAUCAUUGAUCCAUUCAAAUAUUUUUUCCUGGAAAUGUGACAUUCACAUUUCCAUGACUCAGUGAUAUGAAUGACUGCCCGUUAUAGCAUUUAGUACAGGUUGUUUUAAGCGGUGCACCAUUAUGCUGCAUGACAAGAUAUUACUCAGUAACUGAAAGGCUUUCAGAGUCUGAUGUUCUAUUUACAAAUAUGACUACUGCUUGUGAUAUGUCAAAUCAAGGCCUGAAACAUGGGCUGAUUUCUAAACUCUGGUCAUAUCUUUGUCAAAUUUGCAUGUUUGUAGCUUACUUGCAUGGGUUUUCUUAUGGUGCUGUGGUUGCAUCUGGCUUUUAAAAAUACGUUGGUUGACUUAUUACUCUAAAUUUUCUGUUGCCUUUGUGGCUUAUGUUUUGUCUUAAAAAAGUUCAGACAAGGCAGCUCAGCUGAGUGUCUUUUAACAUAAAUAUGCAGAGAUCAGCACUACAGGGAAUAAUUAAAUGCACAAACAUUGCAAUCACAAACAUACAGGACAUCUUGCACUCAAGAAUUAAAAUGAUGUCUGUGGUUAAGUACUAAUCAUACAAAAAUUAUUAGUGGCAAAAAUAUUUGUAGCCUGUACUGGCCAGCACAUAUUCUCCAUUUACAGUGGAAUAUUUUUAGCUACUAUGACCAUUUAGCAUAACACUAUUGAUGUAAUUUGGGUAAAACAGAAAAUAGCUGAUGAGGCCCUAGCCCCAGGCUACAGUUUAAUUUUAUUUUGUUUUGCUUUGCAGCAUUCAUGGUGGAUAUAAUGGAAGUGCACAUCUGAUGUUUCUAUUGUGUUUUCUAGUGUGUAGCAGGUAUGGUUCCAGACAUAAACUACAGGCAGACCAAACAAACAGUCAUAGCUUUAACCAGAUGUAACAAACAAAAGUAAAAGCAAUUAUGGGGGACAAGCUCCUCCUGGGCUCAUUUCCCAUGUAGGGAUUUUUACUCUUACUCAUAUAUACUAGGUCCACAGUCAGACUAGUGUGGAUAGAAGAACAUAGUGAAUCACUGACAGACAUGUGGUAGAACCAAUGCCAGCAAUGACUGUCACUGAGAAUCAGCCCUUGACAAGCCGCAGCUCAACCAAAUGGGAGUAAUGAGUUGUGACCUUAUCCACUUCAAAUUCAACCAGUCGUAAGGAGUCUGCCACUAAUUAAUAAAACUGUCACCUCGAGGAAUCAUAGAUGGAUAGCACACAAUUAAAAGGUAAAAACUUGGCAAACACAGUAAAAUAGAGAUCCAGGCCACCAAUGGAGACAAAUCUUUUUAACACCACAAAGAUUAGCGCUUUCAUCUUGUAGCAAGACUUCUAAGCAACCACAAAAUAAGUGACUUAGGUCUCACAUUAUGCAUAAUGCAGGUGUUGCAGGCAAUAGCUUAAAUGUAAGCUAGUAGUAAAAGUAGUGAGUAGGCUAGAAUUCACAGAGUUAGAAGAAUAAAGAUUUAAUGGGCAUAUUCUGUUAGGUGCAUCUUUGUAAAGAGCUCAUUCUGUACAGUAUAAGCUUCUAUGUACCACACUUAGUCAUUAUUAUCUGCAUAUUCUCUCAUGUGACCUAGUCUGUAAAAGCAUGCACCACACAGUGAUUUGUUUGUUUCCAGUUAGCAUAUUUGGCCAAGUAACAGGUCUCAAGAUACUGCUUUGUACGAAAUAUCACCACAUUGACAGGGUUGUACUUGAUAACCCAUGAUGCACCUGGCAUGCAUCUUAAAUAAAUACCCUGCACCAUGUCCAUUGGUUUUGGUACCCUUACAAAAGACAUAAUUUGUUACAGUUCUGAAUUCUUCUUGAAUACUUUGACAGAGACCAUAAAGCAACAUUGAUCAUACUGAUGUGUAGUUCAAAGCAAGGUUAAUGAUAUGAUUUCAACUACAACAAUGAUAUGAAAUGUUUAGGGGAGGGGCUUAUAAUGAAUCAAGAGAGAGAGAGAGAGAAUUAAAUAUGAUAUGGGGGUACUGGGGAUGACAUGAGAGAAAACAUCAUCAGAAUGAGUCAAAGUUGCAGAGUUUAUGCUCUGGAUAAGAGUUUGAGGAAGAUGGAAACAAAUGAAAAAAGUAGAAUGCCUAAACGAGCAAAAAAGGUAGAAGUGAUGAAGUGAAAAGCAGGAUGAGUGACAAUAGAAGGAAGGAAACAAAAAGGCAUCAGAGGAGAUAGGGAUAGCCAAAGAAUUUACUGAAAGGAGUUAACAGAAAGGGUAAAGGAGAAAAAUGUCUCCUUAGGCAUAUAUAAAAAAAAGUAAGGGAGGGACAGACUUGGGCAAGCUGAGCAAAGAUGAAGACAGGAUCAAAGAAGAUUGAAAAAAAAGAGGAGCAAUAUUCAGUGAAUUAUCCACAUCAGUCUGUAGAAAGGUAAACAAGGAUAAUGUGCCAUAAUGAGAGGGAGGUGUAGUAGAAGGGGGACAGCAACAGGCAGUCAUGAAGAUGAAGAGGGAAUACCGAAAGGAAAGAUAAAGGAUGGGGAUCAGGUGAAGUGACUCCCAUGAUCCUCAGGACUGUGGCCAGUGUGUCCCCUGAAUGAGACUUGCAGCAGAUCUAGCUACCAGCCACUGCAGAAGUGUUUGAGGAGUGGAAGUAGUAACUAUAGUAACCUGUAGAAGAGGGUAACUAUAGUUUCCUGUGGAACAGGGAUUAAGAAAAAUCCCAAGAAUUAUGGGCUUUUAGCCAAAACAACAGUGGUAGGAGGAGUCAUGGAGGGAAACACUAGGGGAAAAGCCAAUUACUUCCCUCAAGAGCAGCCAUCUCCAGGACAGCAAGCUACAUUAGAUCCAAGGUAGAAAGGUUCUGUUAGACAAACCUGACCCGGUUUUAUGAGUGCAUCUCAGGAGAACUUGACAAGAUAGUUCCAGUAGAUGUAGAGUACCUGGACUUCAAAAAAACUUUGGAGUGGUCCUGCACUCACAGUCUCUUUUGAGUGGUGCUGCACUCACAGUCUUGCACAGGACAUUGUUAAGGGAAAAAAUGGGGGAAUCUGUGAUAAGAUAAAGAUAAACAGAUCACUGUAUAGCUAUAUGGUAGGGCUCAGGGGUGUUGUGGUGAGGAAGACAAUAUCAGAAAUAAGGUUUUUAACUACUAGAGUACUGCAUUGGGUUGAUCCAAGGUCCAGUAAUCUUCACUGUGCUAAUUUCAGUGAUACCUACCCAAGUAGAGAAAAGAAUUAACUCAUUCUCUGAUCACACAAGGUUAGAGGCACUCGAUUCAGAAAAGGUUAGAGGCAUGGGGAUCACACAAGGUUAGAGGUACAGAGUUGAGGAUGGGGAAGUAGUUUAAGGAAGGAUUUAGCAAGAUGGAUCUUAAGGUUCAGUGCAGGCACAUGCAAAGUACUGUACAUGUGCCUAUUACCAUCUCUCCUGUACAGUAUCAGUUAGGUGAAUGGAACUGAUGUAAAAAAAAAAAAAACAGGAAAAGGAUCUGGAAUGUCAUGAAGAUAAUAAAAAGAGUUGUUACAGUAGGUAAAAGAAAGCCCGGUGUAUCCUUUGAGAAAUGGGCUCUAGAGGCAAUGGGAUAAUGCUUGCACUGCAGUUUUAGAGUCCAUACAAGGACUAAGAUAUAAUUCUGAUAAAAGGACUUUAAAGGAAAGCUAUCAGAAGGGUACAUUAAAUUGCAGAGAAUGGAUAUGACCACAGACUAAUGGAGCUAACAGUCUUCUCAUUUUACAAGAGAAAAGAAGAGACAGGAGGGCACAUAAUCUGGGUGCACAAGAUCAUCUCAGGGAGAUGUAAAAAAGUUAUUCUGAACAGGAAUAAUUGAGGGAGAGGUGAAGGCACAAGCAUCAGAUUUUAGUGGCCAACUAUUCCUUGUCUCUAUGAAAACAUUUUGUCAUGGAGAGGGUUGAGAACCCAUAGAGAAAAUACCAGAGUGAGUGGUGGAAAGGAAAUACACAUAGACAUAGGACAGAUGGAAAAAUUGUCAUUGGGAAGGUGGAAAAGGAGAGUAGGAAGAAUGCUGGAUUCAUUAAAGAACAGAUUAAAUAAACAGCUGGAAUAAUCAGGGGCUGUAGUUUAAAUGUUCACUCUGUUGAAGAAGUAAAAUCUUUAAGGAUGUAAAUCAUACAACAAAAAGAGCAUAUAUGAGUUUCCACAGAAAAAAAAUUUAGUUGGAAAAUUGGGUGAAAUGCCUAUAAAAUAUGAACUAUAGUUUCUUGAUAAUUCCAAGCUAAAAUCCUAGGCUCAGAGCCUUCAGGAUGGAACUUUACAGCUAAAAUUUAGAGUGUGUAGAACAAAUCUAAGGAUUUUGCAAAUUAUUCAACUCAUGGACCAUUCAGCCUUCUUUCGGUUAACUAUUUCAGAGCUAUUCUCUGAGAUUGGGAAAGACUUCAUUGAUAGCACUAUAUUGUGUAUAAAAUGAUUUGGCCUAUAGAAUUUUUCUCCCAAAGUUGGAUAUGAUCCAGGCAGGUCAUUUAUGCAGAAGUAUAUAUUGACCAAUUUUUUUCUUUCAUGCAGUCCUGCUAGUUUACGACAAAGACCCAGUGCUGAUGUUCACAUCUGUUAAAGAAACCAAGUCCAAAGUAUUAGCUAUGUACUUUCUGCCAUAAACUCAAGGUCAUUGGAGCAGAUUCUCCAACAGGUCGAUAAAGUCUUAUCUGGACAUUGUUAUUUAUCUUUUUGGGUAAAUGUGUUCCCUAAUGCUGCAAAGAUAAUGAUUAAUAAAUGUAGUAUCUAUAACUAUGAAUGACUUAAUCUAACAAAUUAAGCGACAAAAAUGUUUAGAUUUUUCUCUCAUAUUUCUGCUGGUAUUACAUGUUUUCAAGAAAUACAUUUAACAUCAGAGAAGCAUACAUUUCUAAUAUUAUAAAAAUCAUUUAAGUAGUUUUUUGCUGACUCAAAUGACAGUAAUUGUUUGAGUGUGGCAAUAAUUUUGCAGGUUUCUGAUUUUUGCAGAAGUCAGACAAUAGAAGUCAGAUUUUGUUUGACUAAGCCACUAAUCUCAUCUAAACAUCUGCCUUUCUACAUUGCUACUCCUACCCUCUCAAUCAUUCUCUCCUUCUCUUCUACUUCUGCUCCUUUCCUCACUUUAUCUAAACUAACUCAGUCAUCUGUCUUCAUUAAAAGAUUUCUUGCAGCUGCUUCAUCUUGUCACCUUCUGGGUAAUUACAUAUCUCAGAUAAAAUGGUUGCACUCAUUGAAGUUUAAAAAAUAAUCAUGCUAUACUAAACUUUGUAGCUGUUUCAGCUAAUCUAUCUCAGAGGUUUAAGAAAAUAAUUGUAUUUACAAAGUUCCUUUCAGAACAUGCACUGAUCAUGUUACUUUAUAAAAUGUAAAAGAAAAAUACCUUAUCUUAAUUUAGAAGUAUUUUAUUUUGUAUAGAGAGGGAAUCUGUAAGGCCAUAAAGGAAUUAUAGACUAAUAAAAAUGUGAAAUACUUACCCUUUCUAAUAAUUUCAGCCUCAUUCAGAUAUUAUAGAUAUGGAGUCGAUUGGAAAAACUGCUUGAUCAACUGCAAAUUGUUUAAAAAUUUCUGGUAGUUAAGUUACAAACUCCACCCCCACUCCCCACAUUAAAGCACAAACUUAAUUAUUUAACUCUGUAUUGUGAGAAUUAUAUAAUACUGUAUAGCCAGUUGCAAAUAAAGAUAUUUCAUAUUUGAGUAACACGCCACAUUCUUUCAUAACAUAUUAACUCCAGAUUCUAGUUCAAUGUAUAUACACAUGAUACAAAGUCUGGGGAGAUUAAACACAAAUCUGACAGACAUUUUAUAUAAAUGUUAUAUACUUUUUCAGACUAGUGUUCUGAAAUUUUCCCUUCAGCUUUUCAGAUAUAGUCAAAUAACAUCUUGAGCGUAUCCAACAAUAUAGCAGAAAACUAUUGUUUGAAGAAUCUAAAUGUAUUAUCACAAUUAACAGGAGGCAUUUUGUUUUGCCCAAAUAAAAUUUGACCUGAAUGAUCUCCCAAUGUAAUUUUAUAAGUAGUUUAUUCAGGUGGUAGUUCUGUACGCAACACAAGUAUUGGAAUAUCAUGAGACUUCACCCCUAGACAUGGAUUCAAAUUCUUCUUUGGCCAAGUUGAUUCUUCUUAAGAAAAUUGAGGAAGGUAAAACUUUAUUUUCUAACUAUAGACCAGUUCUUUUAAACUCUGACUAUAACAUUUUAUGGUAAAGCUACUUAACAAGCUUAUUUCCUGAACCAUCUCUAAUAUUAUUCAUCAGAAUCAAUUGUGCUUUAUAUCAGGAAAAAUGUCUACCAUAAACCAUAUUCUGCAAGUCAUUCUACUAUAUUACAAGAAUAAUAAAAAUAAACAGCUAACUGGAACCUGUUUUUUCUUCCUUAUAUGUCAAAUACAUCUGAUACAAUAAAAAGAGAUAUUUAAGCCAAGUUCUUAUAUGCCCAGAUUUACUGACUCCCUUAAUAAACCUAAUUCAAGCUUUUUCCUCCAAAGUAAGCAUUGUUUAGAUAUAUCACUGGUCUAGAUUCAGUAACAUAUUUAAUCCAUGAGAGUGCACAAAGGCUGGGCUCUUUAUCAAAACUUGUUUUUACUAGCUAUUAAUCCAGUACUACAUUCCAUAAACAAAAACUAUGUGAUCUAUCUAAUUGUUAUUAAUGAAACAUUAAUAAAACUUCUAGCUAAUGUAGAUAAUUUAAUGUUACUGAAGUUCUCUCUUCACUACCUCAUUUCUUUCAAGAAACUAAUAAACUACUUUUCUUACCUAUAGAAUUAAUCUGUCAAAAGCAAAAGUUAUCAUUUUGUUAAUGAAGCCUUUAUUUCUGAACAUUCCAGUUUAUCCAGUAUUAAAAAAAUGGGGUGAUCUUACUGAAAUGACUUGACUCACAUUUCAUUGCCACAAAUAAAUUAAAAAUUUGACUAAUUUCUUUGGACUUCA